AUGUUGCACCUUCUUCCUCAUGUAAACUCCUCCAUCAACACAGAGCUCCUCUCUCGGUCUGGCUACACCGUUCUGGCCAUAAUCAUGGGUGUGUUUUCCGGAACCGGGAUCAUUCUCAACAUCCUAGUGAUUGUGGUGACAGUGAGACACAGACAGCUGAGACAGCCGCUCAGCUAUGCUCUGGUUAACUUGGCUAUUUGUGACCUGGGUUCUGCCUUGUUUGGAGGCAUCCCCACCACAGUAACCAGUGCCAUGGGAUACUUCAGCCUUGGGCCUGUGGGCUGCGCAUUAGAGGGCUUUGCUGUGGCUUUUUUCGGUAUAGCAAGCCUGUGCACCAUAGGAGUCAUCUCUGUUGAGCGCUACCUGGUGGUGUGUUAUCCCAUGGGUGCUGUCCUGUUUCAGACCAGACAUGCAGUUGCAGGGGUGACAUUGUCCUGGGUCUGGUCCUUUGUGUGGAACACUCCCCCGUUGUUCGGCUGGGGAAGUUAUGAACUGGAAGGUGUCCAGACCUCCUGUGCCCCCAACUGGUACAGUCGGGAUGUUGGGAACAUGUCAUACAUCGUCUUAUACUUCUUCCUGUGCUUUGUUAUUCCAUUCUCCAUCAUCAUAGUGUCCUACUCUCGACUCCUGUGGACCCUCCGUCAGGUGACGAAGCUGCAGGUUUCUGAGGCCAGCAGUACAAACCGGGUGGAGACACAGGUGGCGCGUAUGGUGGUGGUGAUGGUGUUGGCCUUUCUAGUGACCUGGCUGCCAUAUGCUGCCAUGGCCCUGGCUGUCAUCCUGGACUCCAGUCUGUAUAUUGACCCCAUUAUUGCCACAAUACCCGUUUACUUGGCUAAGAGCAGCACUGUCUACAAUCCCAUCAUAUAUAUCUUCAUGAACAGACAGUUUCGAGGAUAUGCUGUUCCCACUGUGUUGUGUGGAUGGAACCCUUGGGCCUCAGAUUUACAGAUUUCUGAAGGCGAGACCACAGUCGCCUCAGUCAACAAGAGUCAAAAAGUUUCACCUAAAGAAUCUUUAAAAGAAUAA